CGCAGCCGUACGGCGCGGGGAGGGGGGCGUGGCCCAAGAUGGCGGCGCCCUGAGCGGCGCGGCGGAGCCAUGGCGGCGCCGGGAGAGGCGCCGGGAGAGGCGCUCCGGGCCGUGCUGCGGCCCAGCGGGGCCCUCCCGGCCGAGGCCCUCCCGGUGCGCGGCUACGACUUCUCGGGCGGCGCGGACCACGCGGCGCUGCUCCGCUCCUUCCGCACCACCGGCUUCCAGGCCACGAGCUUCGCGCAGGCCGUGGCCGAGAUCGAGCGGAUGAUCGCGGCCAAGCUGGAGCCGCUGAGCGCGGAGCAGCGGGAGCGAGCGGCCAUGGCCGGGCCGCGGCCGCCCUCGGGCUGCACCAUUUUCCUGGGCUUCACCUCCAACCUCGUCAGCUCCGGCGUGAGGGAGAGCAUCCGCUACCUCGUGCAGCACGGCAUGGUGGACGUGCUGGUGACCACGGCCGGGGGGGUCGAGGAGGAUCUGAUCAAGUGCCUGGCGCCCACCUACAUCGGGGACUUCCACCUGCGGGGCCGCGACCUGCGGGAGAGCGGCAUCAACAGGAUCGGGAACCUGCUGGUGCCCAACGACAACUACUGCAAGUUCGAGGACUGGCUGAUGCCCAUCCUGGAGAGGAUGGUGGACGAGCAGGACACGCAGGGCGUGCGGUGGACGCCGUCCCGGAUGAUCGCCCGGCUGGGCAAGGAGAUCAACAACCCCGAGUCCAUCUGUUACUGGGCCCAGAAGAACAACAUCCCGGUGCUGAGCCCGGCGCUCACCGACGGCUCCCUGGGGGACAUGAUCUUCUUCCACUCCUACAAACGCCCGGGGCUCGUGCUGGACAUCGUGGAGGACCUGCGCCUCAUCAACACCCAGGCCAUCUUUGCCCACAAGACCGGCAUGAUCAUCCUGGGCGGGGGUCUGGUCAAGCACCACAUCGCCAACGCCAACCUCAUGCGGAACGGCGCCGAUUUCUCCGUCUACGUCAACACGGCGCAGGAGUUCGACGGCUCCGACUCGGGCGCACGGCCAGACGAGGCCGUGUCCUGGGGCAAGAUCCGCGUGGACGCCACCCCCGUCAAGGUCUACGCCGACGCCUCGCUCGUGUUCCCGCUGCUCGUGGCCGAGACGUUCGCCCGGAGCGCUGACGCCUUCGCGGUGCCCGCGGGGACCCCCGAGGCAUGAGGGACCCCCAGGGACUGAAGGACCCCCGAGGCCUGAGGGACCCCCAGGGACUGAAGGACCCCCGAGGACUGAGGGACACCCGAGGCCUGGGG